AAUUAUCUGUAAUAAACUAAUGGACGACGCAACACCUUCAUAUGUUAUCGAAGAUAAAUCAAAAAUGGCUUUGAUAAAAGUUAUUUCUGUUUUGAAAAAGAAAUGGAAAAAUGCUCGCAGUACGAAAAAUCGUUUCCUGGAGAAUAAUAAAAGCUGGUUGGACGAUUCAACGAGCAUAACGGUCAACUUUAUGGAUCAAGAAGUCAGUGCUGAUGAUAGUUUGAAGUCAACGACACCAAGGAACAGUGAUGGGGAAAAGUUUGUCCCCGGAAGCAAUUGCCCUUCUCAGUUAUGAAAGAGCCCUCUGACAACAAAAAAGAAAUUUUAUCUUUUAUGACCCAAAAGUUCGACGACAUGAAAAAAACAUUCCAAGAAGAAAAUUCAAUUCUGCGGGCCCAGAUAAAAGUUGUAGUAGACUCGCUCGCUGACCAGAAAGUCAUGAUUUGCCAAAUUCUGCGUGAGCAGGCAGAAGAGCUACCACUGCGCCUUAACUUCCCCAUUAAUUCCGAGGAAGACCUUGCCAAAAUAAAUGAAGAAAUAAAUCAAAUCAAUAGGGACUCUUAUAUUAAAACAAUGAGAAUCAUUUUGCAACCAGCCGGUGUACUUAAAUCUAUGAAAUGCAUUCUGACCGACCGUCUAAUGAUGGGAUUCAAUGUGGAUGGAGUGCAAGGAAAAAAAUCUUUGAAAAUCUUUCAAAAUUUUUAUGGAGUUUUGCUGGAAUCAAUACCAAUUUCGGACACGUCAGGAUCGGCCGAAAUGCAGAUACGCGAAGCUAUUAAACUCCAAAAGAAAAGACUUUUUAAAAGUAUUUCUAUUAAAAGGAAAUAAUAAAUUAUA